AUGUUUGCCAUGUUUGACUUGGGCGAUGUGCCUGGCACAUCUCUGAGCACAAAACAUGUCCGCCCAUCGCAGGGCUUGGGAGUUGAGGAGAUUCGAAGGCUUGGAAGAUAUGCCCGACCAUCUUGCCGAGGCUUGCACGACCAUGUGGAGACGAGGCACGUGGUGAGGAAGCUGAUCCACGCGAGAAGUGCGGUGAGUGACCUGCAUGGAUUCACAGCAAGCAAGGAUGUCAACCCGCGCAAGCUCUCGUCCUGCAACGCACAAUGUCUCAACAUCCAUGGCCUGGCUCCUCUCGGGAUCGCUCACGAAUCUCUGCGCGAUCCAAUCCGUUUAUGCCAAUCCCACCCUGCAAGAGAGCCAGGGCUGGCAAGUUGCGUGCACUCGUGCGCAAAUGUGCACCUCCACGUCCACGUCAGCGCUGCUCUCCGUCAGCGGCCUUUCACUGUUCACCCCAAACUUGAAACCCCUAACUAA